AUGUCGAGUCCAAAGCGUCGUGAAACAACAACUAUUGACCAGGGACGAAAACGCGAACGGGAUCGCGAAAACCAAAGACGGAAACGCUUGAAGGAGAGAGAAACUAUACUGGGUCUUCAAAAUGAGAAUAGAAACUUGCAGCAGCAAGUGAGGAUAUUGUCGCAAAGUUCAACUUCAAGUGAGGAUGCCCGCCACCUGUCCGACAAGUUGAGAGAGAUUACAUCGGAAAAUGAAGCUCUGAAGAAACAUGUGACCGUGGUUAAUGAAUUCAUGGCCUCUUCUGAUAAGGUGAUUUUGCCUUUGACCGGAAUUACCGAUACCAAGACUCUAUCGAUUAUGUUCUGUGAUGGCUCAGAACAGUCCAGUAACAGUAACUCUAAUCCGAGACCUGACACAGAAAAAGCUUCAUAUAACAAUGCAGAGAACAGCUAUUCUCAAGCUGGACGAGAUCUACUUUCUUCCUCCUCGCCUUCCUCUUCUCGUGAAUAUUCCACAGAAAGCUUUACAGACUUAUCACUAUCAAAUGUGCUAUCUCUCGCCGAAUGGCAAAGACUACCAGUGCAAAUUAACACCCACGAUUGUGGGAAACCACUUGAUUUUGCAAUUCGACAAGUACGAGAUCAGUCCGAUUUCGCUAAAUUUUGCACACCCUAUCCCAAAGUUGUUGAUUUGAUGCUUGGUGGAUCUUUGAAUGAACUUGCCAAUACUUUCUUUCGGAUAACAUCACAAAGUGUCAUGCGGCGACCCGAGAGGCUUGCCAUUAGUUGGAAUAGUUACCUUUUCUCCCGGUGGACCAUUGACCCAUCCCAAGAAAAUUACAGUCGAGUUCCACCUGCACUGAAGCCAACUAUGAUGCAACUCUUAUUUCCGCAUGCCAAUCUGAUUGACUACAUUAUGUGGCCGCAGGUUCGCGAUAAUCUCAUCAAGCAUGGUUCAAAAUACUGGCAAAAUGAAGUCUUUGGCUUGCUUUUCUGCACGUGUCGUAUCCGCGGUACACACAAUACUAAUUUUCCUUCGUUUGAAUCCGAAGAUGAGGCGUUUCGUAUUGACGUUUCACUCUUGGAGAGGGCUUCUAAUGUGCACAAUUGGGUUAUAUUGGAGGCAUUCUGGAAGGAGUUCCCAGAAUUGGUUGAGGGACUGGAUCCUAAGGCUUUCAUGAUUACGGAAAAGGAUUUGCUUUGA